UUUGAAUAACCUUAACCAUGUAUGACAAGAUGUAACUCGUACAUCUAACAUUAAAAAUUGUAAUUAUUACAAAAAAAAUCAAUGGAUCAGCCCGUGUGUCCUGUAGACUCGUCGUAUCACGAAGUGGACCAUGAGAUUGACAAUAACAUUUUAUCCAUUAAAGUACCUAGAGACAAACGUUCUGUUCAACGUGAGGAAGAAAACGGGAAAGCUAUCAAACCUACUUCCGUUAUUGAUACUACUUGCUUGAAUAAGUACGGUAAAAAAUGUGAGAAAAGUUGUACAAGAGUCAAAGUCGUGCACGAUCGAAAGUCACUUCGAAAAACAUCGGAGGAAGAACUGCUGUUACUGAGAUCAAUUAGGCAAAUCACCCCGAGCGACGAUAUAAAAUACAGUCUUGAAGUUGAAUUAAAGUCGCCGCGAAAUUACACACCGUUGCCGAAACUCGGACCACCCCCGCCUAUAAUUAUACCGAAAGAACCUGUUGUUACAAAAAACCAACAUCUUGAUAAUCACGGGGCAAGAGAAAAUGAAAAAGCAGAGAAAUAAAGAUAAAUCUCAAAUUAAAAACUUCUCCAACGCUCUGAGAAAUGUUUUACGAUGAACUUCUCAAAAAUUUGCCACUGGUAAUAACCUUUUCAAACUAAAAGGUUUAAUUUCGUACGUAAAAAAAGUUGAGAGAGACGAAGGAGAAAAAACUCAUAUUCAUUAACACAAUGUAUUAAAAUUGCACAAAUACGAGA